UGCAGAUUUUUAUCGGCGAUAACUGUUUAUGAUGCCUCCACGUAGUUGUCAAAGUGCAUCUCUGGAUAUACUUAGCAACCUUCAAGGGGAUGUAAUCGAUGAGAUUCUAAUACGUUUACCUUUGGAAGAUGCUGUGAGAACAAGCAUCUUAUCGAAAAAGUGGAGAUAUGAUUGGUGUAGACUUCCAGAGUUGGCCCUUAAUCAACAAGCUUUGAAGGCUUCGAGGAACACAAUACCCCUUGCACUAACAUUUACAAACAUUGUCAACCAUAUUUUGACCCUUCAUUCAGGACCAAUUACUAAGUUUACCCUCAACUUGGAUCCGUAUCUGAUACCCCGUCCUACAUUUGACAACUUGAUAUAUUUCCUUUCUAAGAAUGACAUUCAGCAUCUUGUUCUUAGAUUUCCAUGGGGUAUUAACCCAUACAAAUUGCCUUCAUCAUUUUUCACAUGUUUGCAGUUGAGGCAUCUGACUCUCCAAAGUUGCUUAAUAGAGCUUCUUCCACCGGCCUUUAGAGGAUUUGAUAAGCUUCGGAGCCUUGAACUACAUUGCGUGGCAAUUUCUUCCAAGUUGCUUGAAAGUUUAAUCUCUAGUUGCUCAUUUCUCCAGCAUUUGCUGCUGCAAAUCUCAGAAACUUCAAAUGUUGUUGAAAUUAAAGCUCCAAAGCUGAAAUCUUUUGAUUUCAAAGGCAAUAUAAGAUUUAUUUGGUUAAAGCAUAUCCCUUUGCUGGAGAAAGUUUCGCUUACGGAAAAUGGUUCUUCUGCGGAGGCAGGAAAUUCUGACAUUGCUAAGUUUUUAAGUCUUUUUCUGUUGUCGAGUAUCUCAAAUUGGAUAGCAGUAGUCUCAAGUUAUUUGCUGUGGGAGCAGGUGGAGUACCAACAAGGCUUCCCUUUGAUCUCAACUCUAUCAAAAGUCAUUACCUAUCCGAUAUUUAUCUGGAUGACUUGGAUGUGGUCUCGUGUGCUCUUUGCCUAAUAAGAAGUUUCCCAUACUUACAGUAUUUGGAAAUCCAGGUGGGCCAUUGUUACGAGGAUAUUCCAGCUCUGGAAUGUCUUGAAGUGGAAGGUUUCUCGGGUGUGACUUUAGUCGCCUUAGGGAAGUUAAUCUAAAUGGUGAUUUGGCCACAGAGCCUGGGAUGCAGCUUGUCGAGCUUCUGUUAGCCAAGUCACCCGCGCUGGUGAGAAUGUUGAUCGAGACCUGGAUAAAUGAUGAUAAUCCCUGGCAACUAACUCAGUCUCUUUUCAAGACAGACGAAUUGGCCGCUGUUCUAAAAGAAUUUCGACGUGCAUCAUAUAAAGCAGAAGUUGUGUAUAACGUCGAGUAUGAUCGAGAUUUGGACUAUCUCUUGUAAUGAGGCUUAUACUGAUAUGUCAUUGUUUCUGUAUUAUAUUGUGGUUGUUGUGUGUUAAUUCCAUUCUUGGUCAAUUACCUACGGCAAGCCUGAAGCCUUUUUUUCAAGAACCUAAUGUGUGUAAGGUUGAGCCAUAGAGAUUUGAUGAUAUUAACAGUCCCCCAACUCUAGUAGCACUGAUAUGGACUUUCUUUGUAAUUAUUCAUUGUGAUUUAGCGAUAUUCAAUACG